CACACACAGCCACACACACAGCCACACACAGCCACACACAGCACGCAAACAGAGUGCGGCCCAGGAGCAAGAUAGACAUCUGAGAGAGGGAGGGAGAGAGAGAGAGAGAGCGCGAAAGAGAAGAAACCUCUUCUCUACCCUUGCACGCUGAGUUUAGUAGUGUGAGAAGGUUGUAUCAAGCAGAUGAUUCUGACUGAGUGGACUGAAUUUCAUACCAUGGGAGACACAAGCUGAAAUAGAAGAGGAAACCAACACUCACCAUCUGAUCUGUAAAGGACCCCUGUUCAAAUUGGAUUAUUGGACUUUCCCCUGUCAAUCUUUGGCAUGGUGAUGUCCUAAAUGACCAGCACGUAUUGAAGAGGCUGCUUGUUCUGGACCACAGUGGACUUUGAGUUUUUUUCUUCCGGAGCGUGUGUGAGAGUGUGUAUGUGUGAGCGGGAUCAUGUCAGGAGGACGUUUCAAUCACCUGUUGAGGAUACUGUGGCUGUGGCAAGCUGUGCUUGUGUCAGGGAGCAAGCUCUGGGAGGUAUCCACAGCCCCCUUAGGAUUUUCCUCCAACCAAACAACCAGCCUGGAAUGGGAGCCACAGUGUCAGUAUCGCCACCUGCAGGAUGGCGUCAGAAUCACAGCCGACAUUCCCCCAAAACUGGAGGGCAACUGGGUGUCAACCAGAUGUGAAGUUCGGCCUGGUCCUGAGUUUCUGACCCGGUCCUAUACCUUCUACCCGAGCCACCUGUUCAAGGCACUGCAGCACUAUUACACUGACAGCGGGUGUGAGGAGCCCACCUACUCUCUGGUGGUCCGGGGCAAGCUCCGUCUGCGCCAAGCGUCCUGGAUCACCCGGGGUGCCACCGAGACAGAGCACCACCUUCACAAAGUCGGCAUCGUCAUCCACAGCCAAGGCACCAUGCACAGGCCGGCCGCCCGUCUACCCCCUGUGUGUGUGGGCCUCACCCUGGGCGGCAUGGUGCCCGGGCGCCUGUAUGAGCUGUACAACGCCCAGGCAGGGAGGGAAUGCCUGGGUGCCCUGGGGUUCUCGAUGAUGGAACUGGGCUUGGUGAGAAUGGAGACCCAGCAUAAGCCCCAUGGAGGUCUGGUUCAGGAGCUCUUCCUUGGGGACGUGCACACGGACUGGACAAAGAGGACGUACUAUCGACCAACGGGUUACCAGCAACCAUUGCAGAACGCUAUGCACCACAUCCACCCCUGCCCGGCGUGCGCCCUGGUCUUCCGGGGCUCGGAACAACACCCCCCGGUGUUGCUCCGUGUCCCUGCGUCGGCCCCUCCAUCUCUGCACGGCCGCUGGGUGAGCCAACGCUGUGAAGCCCGGCCUGCCGUCCUCUUCCUCACCCGAGACUUCACCUUCCGCCCAGAUGAGCACUCCUGGGAAGGCUUCUACCACCACUACUCGGACCCCUCUUGCAGCCAGCCCACCUUCACCCUGCAGGCCUCGGGCCACUACGCUCAGGGAGACCCCUCGGCCAAAGUGGCGGGAGGCACCGAGUUCGUCUUCAAGGUGACCCGGGUCAGUGUCACCAUCCUUGAGGGGGCCACGGCCAGGGUGCUCAACGAGACCCGGCCGGGAAGCUGCGGGAAGGUGGGGGGUUGGGAGGUGGGGGUGGAGCAAGACGUGACCCCCACGGAUGGGUGUACCGUCUUGGGGAUUAAGCUGCCCCACAAGGAGUACGAGCUGUUCAAGACAGAGAUAGACCAUCGACGGCGCCCUCUGCUAUUCAUCGGGGAGAGGCCGACGGAUGGCUCCAGCCCCGACCGUCCCCAGAAGAGGCCCACGUCUUACCAGGCCCCCAUGGUGCAUUGUGGCGAGGAGGAUGCCCCCACGUCGUAUCACCACACCAACCAGCUCAAGCUAGCAGCUAGUGGAGCCAAGAACCUACCAUGGCAACCAAGCUUUGUCCUAGUCCUGGUCUCUUUACUGUUGCUUUGGUACGAUGGCGGAACUGCUCACAGUGUAUGAGGAAGCUCCAUGUACUCCUCCUCAAUAUCAAGAUAACGGCAGACCAAAUAAAAGAUUGCUUUUCAGGAGAGAAUGAUUUGUAAAGGAUGGUACUCUAUGUUCAGCAACCUGAAUAAGUCAAUCAUAUGACAAUGACAUCAGCAUUGUUGAUGCCCUUGACAUUGUGCAAAAGGAAACUGACGAACGUUCAACAAGUGUCAACAACUGUCAUUUCAAUGGUAUUCCAGUGAACAAAAUGUACAAGAAAACUGUACACACACUGACUGUGUAUAAAAGUUGCAUAUCUAUCAUAUUAUAUACAGUACGUGUACCACUUUGUUUUCUUUUAAACCAGAGAUGCCUUUUGGCAAAUGCUUAAGACCCAUAAGAGCUCCUUUCUCUAAAGAUUUAUUUUCCCUUCAAAUUACACGAGGCAGUAUAUUUUCGAGUAAAACAAAGGACAAUACUGACCAAUAAAUUCAAUGCUCAAGCAACCGACAUUCAAAUGUACUUCAGAUUGUGUAAAAUCAGGAACUGGAUACCAAAGAGGAAACGUAAUUGUGUGUCUCAUCAACAGGUCCUAAUCUAAUGUGUUCAUUUUGUGAUUGGAGGAAAAACCCCACCUGAAAAGUGCACUAAUUGGACACUAGUUUACAAUGCUAUCCUACAAACCAUACUUAUUGUCAUUGUUAAAUUAAUUGGUAUAUUAAAAGGGAAGGUAUGCUGCAA